CGAGUUGGCCCUCGAUUUUGCUUGAAGGAGCGAGUGAACAACUUGGUCAUUUGAUGGGUUGAUAUGACCCACAAUCCAAUGCAAACUGUAGUCACAUGUCAAACUCUGGUGGCCGCGAAGUGUCACAUUUAAUCAACAACCUGCACUUAAGGCAUCUCAGAAAAAUAUUAAUCGAGCGUUCUAAAAAAUAUAUAUAUUGAUUUUAGCUUUGGAAAAUUGGCUUAGUUUUGUAGUGAGGAGUGCAAUUCAGAAGUGUAAUGGAAUAAAUGACCAUACUUUGGGUAACUGUAGCUAGCUACCUUACAGGAGUGCUAGCGAGAUACAUUUCCUUACUCGGUAACGUUACAAUAAUAAUAAUAAUUGUAUUUUUUGCUCCAAGAUGGCAUAGCAGUUCAGACGUCUUUUGUCCUCGUCUUGUCGUGUCCCAAUUAUUUAUUUAUUUAUUUACAACUUUUGUUUCACAUACGUUUUUGAAAUUUUCCAUAAACGCAUCUUCAAAACACUCUCCUGCAACCCGCCUCACCAAUUUAUAUUUAUAAAAAACUAUUAUUUACCUCGAAUCUGUAAUCCUCCAAGAAGCUAGCCAGAAACUCCAAGAAACUAGCCAGAAGCUAAUCAGAAGCUAGUUAGCUUCUUUACUGGCAAAUCGUUAGUAUUCAGCGAACCACGGUUUGUGGUCAUCAGCUAUCAUUUAGCUCGAAAAUCUAUUGCCAGUUUUGUACAGCACAGCGCGGCUUGGAACGGAACACACCGGACCAAUUUCUCUUUCCAUGUCCCUGGAUUUCAACCGCUAACUCUGGACAUUCAUACCUGGAUCUCACAGCUAGCUAGCUGCUAUCCGUGUGACUAUCGGCUUUCGUCGAUUCCGGAGCAAACAUCAAUUAUUCCGGAGCUAGCCAGCUGAAGAGUUCAAUACGGCAAUAGGUGUAGUCUGCCAUAAAACCUUAAAGAAUGACAAAAUUAGAGCAAAGCAGUUUAACUGUACUGUUGUAGCUGAAACCAUUCAUAUCAUACAAAGGAACAGUAGCUUCCACAAUGGGUCGGGACAAAGCUAGCCUGUCCCCCUCCACCCUCCAGGAGUCCCCAGGUCAUCUGCCUCUCCGUACUUUACUGCUGGUUCUGGUCGACUGCAGGAAAACACCGGGGCAGAGUGGAACUGAGAGAGGAGAAGAAAUGGAAGAUGGAGAUUUCAUUUCAUUAAGCGACAUCCCUAAUCGUUGCUCUCUUAGAGGGAGGGGCUUAUCAUCUGGGGAGCCUCAACAACAUCAUGAUGCUGACAAGAAAGAGAAGAGUCUCUCCAGAACAAAACACCGGCAUAGAGGUAUAGGGAAGAAACCUCACCACUGCUGCUCUGACUGUGGGAAGAGUUUUGCUAAACAAGACUUGACUAUUCAUGAGCAAAUUCACACCGGAGAGAAACCAUUCCACUGCUCUCGAUGCGGGAAGAGAUUCACUGCAUCUAAAACUUUAAAAUCUCAUCAGAGAAUUCAUACAGGGGAGAGGCCUUACCCCUACUUUGAUUCUGAGAAAUGCUUCAAACAAUCAGGAUCCCAGACUACACAAAAACACACAGGACAACCUUAUUGCUGUGAUCAGUGUGGGAAGAGAUUCAAUCAAUCAGGAGCCCUGACUAGACACCAACGCAUACACACAGGAGAAAAGCCUUAUAGCUGUGAUCAGUGUGGGAAGAGUUUUACUCGAGAUUACACCCUGACUAUACACCAACGCAUACACACAGGAGAGAAACCUUAUAGCUGUGAUCAGUGUGAGAAGAGAUUCAAUCAAUCAGGAGACCUAACUGCACACCAGCGCAUACACACAGGGGAGAAACCUUAUAGCUGUGAUCUGUGUGGGAAGAGCUUCAAUCAAUUAGGACACCUGACUAGACACCAACGCAUACACACAGGAGAGAAGCCUUAUAGCUGUGAUCAGUGUGGGAAGAGCUUCAAUCAAUCAGGAGACCUAACUACACACCAGCGUAUACACACAGGGGAGAAGCCUUGUAGCUGUGAUCAGUGUGGGAAGAGCUUCAGUCAAUUAGGACAACUGAUUAUACACCAACGCAUACACACAGGAGAGAAACCUUAUAGCUGUAAUCAGUGUGGGAAGAGCUUCAAUCACUCAGGAGCCCUGACUAGACACCAACGCAUACACACAGGAGAGAAGCCUUAUAGCUGUGAUCAGUGUGGGAAGAGCUUCAGUCAAUUAGGACAACUGAUUAUACACCAACGCAUACACACAGGAGAGAAUCCUUAUAGCUGUAAUCAGUGUGGUAAGAGCUUCAAUCACUCAGGAGCCCUGACUAGACACCAACGCAUACACACAGGAGAGAAGCCUUAUAGCUGUGAUCAGUGUGGGAAGAGCUUCAAUCAUUCAGGUACCCUGAGCGAACACCAACGCACACACACAGGAGAGAAGCCUUAUAGCUGUGAUCAGUGUGGGAAGAGCUUCAAUCACUCAGGACACCUGACCAUACACAAACGCAUACACACAGGAGAGAAGCCUUAUAGCUGUGAUCAGUGUGGGAAGAGCUUCAAUCAAUCAGUACACCUGACUACACACCAACGCAUACACUUUGGAGAGAAACCUUACUCCUGUCUAUGUGGAAAAAGCUUUGCUCAUUCAGGGUCACUGAAAAAACACCAGAAAUCACAAACAUGUCGUCUUUCAUCUCCCUCCUCUCCGGCACCGGUUCAAGAUCCCUAAAUAAAGUUUACAUAGAAAACAUCUUGUAAACAGUCAUCCAUCUCCCAUUCUCUAACAGUUACUAAGUCUGAUUACCAUGGUAACCUGUGUAGCAUAAUAUGCAGCUCUGGAUCCAUAUUUAUCAAGUGUCUUGGAGUAGGAGUGUGGUGGGGUGUGUUGGGGUGGGGGGGUUCAGAGCUGUAUCUUAUUUCAUUAACUCCUAUUAUCCUUUAAAUAAUAAUAGAAUAAUGUUUCAACAAUACAAGGUUUGUAUUCAUGUAUUCAGGAGAUCAAUAAAUUAAAUCCAUUAUCUGCUCAA